UAGAUUGCAGUGCUUUUCACAUAUGCAACAAACAGGCCUAUCUUUUAUUUAGUUGGGGCUCGCUUGAUGUUCUGUAAAUCUACCCGGAAAACCUUGAAAUGUGUUAACUUGUUUGGAUUUAAUGUUUAAUCACAGGGCGAUAUUUGUUGUCACUUUUAUAAUGGUUCAAAAUUCCCAUUUAUUGUUUGGUAAAAAGAGGACACACAAUAACUAUUUAUUAUACCGAUACUAGACCAACAAUUAUUUCAUUAAUUAAACAAUCAGUGAAUUACUGUCAAGUGAUUGUGAAGUUCCAACAACGAAGCUAAACACAGUCACAAACAAUUGUUUUCUUACACAUUCAAUCAGUCAUUUUUUUAAAGGUUUUCAUUUAUUAGUAAAUCUGUAGGUAUCAGUUUAACAGUUUUAUAUUAAAAUAUAUUGUCUUGCCAGUUAUCUCAACAAUAAUCCGCUCGUCUGCGACUGCCAUCUGCGAUGGCUCAUUGUGACAGUUCAGGUCAGCGUCUCCAAUCUCACAGUAUAUGGCGUAUAUGGCGCUGUGUGUAGUGAACCCGUGCACCUGAAGGGGCGUGAAAUAAGGAUCGUCUCCCUAGCGGAUCUCAAGUGCAGCAUGCUCGAUACGAUUGAGAUAUUAAAGGCCCCUAAUGCCACAUACGAUGUUGAGCCCAAUAUGACGAUUGUCAUUGCCAUAGAUGCCAUCACGGACCCAGACUGGCAGAACCAGAUAAGCUACAAAUGGUUCUGGUACUUGCCAGUUACCACGUCGACCGGUAACCAAAUUAUAGAGAAGCAGCCAAUCCCACCCACCUCCAGCUAUGACAAGUACUUCAAGCUGUCAAUGUCGGGCAAGGAGCUGACCUUCACCAUACCCGACGUGAAAACACCUGUAAUGGCGGACAGUAUAGCCGAGUAUGAUCUUUACCAGGACCUCACGGACGACAGGCUUUUCUCCAUCAAUAUCGGCCACAAGUUUGACCAUCGAGUGGUGAACUUCACUGUGAAAGGAAAGGAGCUGGAAAAAACAAAUACGAUUGAGAUAUUAAAGGCUCCUAAUGCCACAUACUAUGUUGAGCCCAACAUGAAGAUUGUCAUUGCCAUAGAUGUCGUCACGGACCCAGACUGGCAGCACCAGAUUAGCUACAAAUGGUUCUGGUACUUGCCAGUUACCACGGCGACCGGUGACCAGAUUAUAGAGAAGCAGCCACUCCCACCCACCUCCCGCUAUGACAAGUACUUCAAGCUGUCACUGUCGGGCAAGGAGCUGACCUUCACCAUACCCGACGUGAAAAUACCUGUAAUGGCGGACAAUACGGCCGAGUAUGAUCUCUACCAGGACCUCACGGAUGACAGGCUCUUCUCCAUCAAUAUCAGCCACAAGUUUGACUAUCGAGUGGUGAACUUCACCGUAAAAGGAAAGGAGCUGGAAAAAACAAAGGCGUCAACAUCCCAAGCGCAUGUGUACAUCGGAAUUGGGCUCGGUGCCGUUGUGUUAGUUGUCACAGCAGCAGUUAUGAAGUAA